AUGGGUCAUGUCAAUGGAAGAAGAGAUGAGAACUUAAGAAAAAAAGUAAACAUGGGAAUUAAUUGACUUAUCAACUACCAAGUUACUUGUAACUCCAAGUGGGUUUACUAGCAAACAAGAGUCUAAUGGCAAAGUUAAGGCUUGUUUGGUUGGUAAAAGAUUCACACAGAUAUAUGGAGUAGACUUUGAAGAACCAUUUGCACAUGUGGGAAAACUAAAGUCUAUACACAUUUUAUUCCUUGUCAUGUGGUGAAGUGAAAAAUUAAUAGUUGUGACAUGAUUGAGUGACGAAGCUGAAUAUUGUGCAAUGACACAUGGAUUAACCAAGUUAUUGUGGCUGAAACUUUUUAUGCAUGAUCUUGGGUUGACUGCUGAACUACCACUCAAAUUAUUCUGCGACAAAAAAAUUACGAUAAAUAUUGUUGACAACCUUAUACGAUAUGAUAAGCCAAACUAUUCAAAUUGAUUGACAUUUCAUUUGAGACGAGAUCAAUUUGAAAAAGUUAUGCCUCAUCUAUACAUGAUUAGAGGACCAAUUGGCCGAUGCCUUUACAAAAGAUUAUCAUCCAUAUCGUUUGAAUCCGACAUGAGCAAGUUGAAUGUAGUUGACAUCCAUUCUUAACUUGAGAGAGAGUGUUAGAUGAUAUGUACCAAAUUAUAAGCUAUUUUUGUAUUUUUGUGACUGUAAAAACCCUACCUAAUCUAAUCAAAUGGGUUUUUCCCUCUCUUCUCUCUCUCUCUCUCUCUCUCUCUCGUCUCGUUCGUCCUCCACCUAGUGGGGAGGGCCUCGUCUCAUUGCCCUUCAACCAGCGAGGGCCUCGUCUAGUCAAUGUAUCCAGCGAGCUCUUCUCCACCGGCCACUAGUUUGCUCCGUUGCUUGUACCUGACUCCGAAUAGAUCGUGGAAACUCGUCCCUCAUGUCCACACUUGUCUCUACUCGUCUCGAUUUCUUCACAACAUAAAACCGGUAUUGAAAAUCAUCAACCGAUAAUAGAAACUUCUAGAGGUCAAUAUUCUCCUUAGAAAAGAGAACAUUAAUGAUCGUUAAGGCCUCAGAAAAAUUGCACAAUCACAAAAUAAUCCUCUCUAUCUGUUUUUAUUGUGUCUCGUUCUUCAGGGGUCAUCCUCGAAAUAUGUUUGCUCGCGGCGGCGGCACCACUGCUUCCAAGAGCCUUGGCACCGAGAUGCAUCCCAAGAUGAUCGGAGAAAUUUGGUUGGGGGGCCGAAUAAUAACGAUCGGGCAGAUUGGAUGGAGGAAUUUAUCCUCCAAAUUAGCUAGCGAUAUCUCCAAGGAACGUUUCCCGAAGUGGACGUACUACGAGAGAGAGAGGGGGAGAGAGAGAGAGAGAGUGGUAGACAGAUGGAGAGAGACAGAGAGUAGAGAAGAGAGAGGAUGGAGGGGAAGUGUAUAAACGUAUCAGGCGACCACAGCCGAGCUCGGAGAGCGAGGAAUCGCAACAAGGCCGAGGGGCAUCUUCCGGUGGACGACGAUUCGUGGGGACUCGGCCAUGUCGAGGUCCUCCGGCGCCGUGCCGGCGGGCAGAGACCAGUCGAAGUGGUAG